AUGUCUUUCUCAGGAUUUGGACAGAAUAGCAACCAGCCGCAGCAGAGCGCCGGCUUUGGUGGGUUUGGCUCAAACAAUAAUACUACAGGCACAGGCUUCGGUCAACCACAGAACAGCGGCUUCGGUACUGGCAGUGGCUCAACACUCUUCGGCAGCAGCACAAAUACUGGCGGUGGCUUUGGAUCAGGUACGGGAAGCUUUGGAGUUGCCACGACUAACACCACUCCGUUUGGACAAAAUCGCCCAGCCUUUGGCGCUUCAACUACUACAGGCGGAACUGGCCUUUUCGGCAGUGGUACAGCUACCGCAGGACCUACUAGUGGAUUCGGAGGAUUUGGCAGCACUACCAACAACAACAAUACUUCUGGUGGAGGCUUGUUCGGGUCGACUCAGAAGCCAGCCUUUGGAGGUGGGAACACCGGAGGGGGCUUAUUCGGCACUGGCAACGCGGGGGGAGGGUUUGGUUCGACCAACAACCAGCAGCAAACCGGUGCAUUUGGAGCCCCUAUUAGCUCGGCUCUUGGCACGAACAAUGCUGAAUGUCAGGGUACCGGCAGCACGCCGUUCUCGGCGUACACUGAGAAGGAGGGUACGGGCAACACGAACAAUCACUUCCAAAGCGUCAGCUUUAUGCAGCCAUAUAAGAAUUUCUCUUUCGAGGAGCUGCGUCUAGCGGAUUACAACCAAGGAAGACGCUUCGGUAAUGCCAGCGGCCAGCCUGCAGCAUUCGGACAGACCAACUUCGGAGGGUUUGGACAACCACAGAAUACGACAGGUGGUUUUGGCCAACCAGCAAACACAGGAGGCGGGCUCUUUGGUCAACCCCCUACGGCAUCAUCCUCUCCUUUCGGCAGUACUCAGCCAGCUCAAUCUGGUUUUGGCACCGGCACUGGUGGCGGCCUCUUUGGUUCAAAACCUGGAACCAAUGGCAGUCUCUUUGGGCAAAGCAACGCUGCUUCGACGUCCCAGCAAAGUGGUGGCAUUUUUGGUACUACCGGAGGAACAAAUGCCGGAUUCGGCUCAGGAGCUGGCACUGGGUCCGGAUUUGGUGGUGGAGGCGGUAUAUUUGGUGGCAACAAUGAACAACAGCAACAACAGUCGAAACCAUUCUCAUUUGGUGGGACAACUGCCACGACUGGAGGAGGUUUUGGGACUGGCAGCAGUGGGUUCGGUACCAAUAACAAUACUACAACCAACACCAGCGGUGGUAUAUUCGGCAAUGCUGGCCAGACCAACACUCCUUUUGGGCAAACUCAGCAGCAGCCCGCUCAACAAAACCCAUUCGGCGGCUUUGGGACUCAAAAUCAAAACCAGAGCAAUAGCCAACCACCUUUCGGAGGCUUUGGUACCCAGCAGCAACAAGAGCAAAAGCCAGGCGGUAUAUUCGGCGGCCAAACUGCAAAUAACACAGGGGGGGGUGGCCUGUUUGGGAAUCUGAACCAGAACAAUCAACCACAGGGCUCUUCAGGAGGUCUUUUUGGAACUAACAACAACAACCAGUCGUCCGGAAGUUCGCUCUUCGCGCCCAAGCCAGCUGCGACAGGUGGUAGCCUUUUCGGGACGACCAACACAGGCAAUUCAAACCAGGGCGGUGGCCUCUUCCCGGGUUUUGGCAACAACAAUAACAAUGCCAACCAGAACCAGCAAAACCAAGCCGGCGGCCUGUUCGGUAACAACAACAAUCAACAGCAAAAGCCCGGAAGUCUGUUUAGCGGCUCUACAGGAAGCACAGGCAGUGGCCUGUUUAGCAACCUGAACAACAACAACCAACAGCCCACGGGUGGCAGCUUGUUCGGCUCGAACAAUCAACAGCAGCAACAGCAAGGUGGAAGCCUCUUCGGCAACACCAAUAAUAACCAGGGUUCAAGCCUUUUUGGCAGUUCACAGCAACAACAGCAGCAGCCAAACGCACUAGCGCCGCCGCCGGUCUUCAACGCAUCUUUGAUUGAUCCUAACAACGCAUACGGUAGUCCUUCGAUAUUUUCAGGUCUGCCACCGCCGCCAGUGGCAGUAGGCCCUAUUGCUACUCCGAUCAAUAUCAAGCAGAAGACGAAGAAGAAUGCUGUCUUGCCACACUACAAGAUGGCUCCAAAUGCAGCCUCACGGCUCGUCACUCCCCAAAAGCGCGGAUUCGGCUUUUCUUAUUCGACCUACGGGACCCCUGGUAGCGCCACAAGCAAUGCAAGCACGCCUGGCGGCCUCGGCAGCAGUUUGAUGUUUGGUAGCGUUGGCCGAGGUCUCGGCAAGAGCUUGUCCACUAGCAACCUUCGUCGAAACUUGGACAGUGACUCAGAGAGCAUUCUCACGCCGGGUGCUUUUUCUGCUGGAAGCUCCCGGUAUGGCGGCGCAGGAAGCUUGAAGAGACUGACUAUCGAUCGUAGCUUACGCACGCCAGAUCUUUUUGGUGACAAAGGUGCCCUUCCGGCUUUGCCAAGUCCAGAAAAGAGCGAUCAGUCGAAGCAGCCCGGCAUUUUGAAGAAGAAAGUCAGCUUCGAUGCUAGCACUGUUGGUGGCAACGGAGAGAACCCGAACGGUGUUCAGGUCAAUGGUGCCAUCGCUGUCAAUGGAGCAGAUAUGACAAGCUCGGCUACCCCCAGCGCCGAAGAGCAAGGCUUCCUCCGGACACCCUCACGAGGACAAGGUAGACUUGCUGGGGCAAAGUCAAAUGGCGUCGUACAACAGCCUGAGAUGGAACAGGUGAGAGGCAAUGAGCUUGCCGUUGUCCAUGAAGACGAGUCUUCAGAGCCUUCGAGCACGUCCAACGCACGAGCGCCUUUCCAAAUGCCCCAAGACGAUGAGCAACCAGGAGCUUAUUGGAUGAAACCAUCGGAAACCGAAUUACAAAAAUUGCCCAAAGACCAACGAAAGCAAAUCAGAAAUUUCAGUGUUGGGCGUGAUGGCUGUGGCCGUGUUGAAUUCAAUACGCCUGUCGAUCUCUCUUUCACAGACUUGAAGGAAAUCUACGGCAAUAUUGUUCUCGUUGAGCUUCGUUCACUUACCGUUUAUCCUGACCAAACCAAGAAGCCGGCACUAGGGAAGGGGCUGAAUGUGCCAUCUACCAUUUAUCUGGCAAACUCUUGGCCCAGACAGAAGGAUAGGAGGACUUUACUACCCGAGAAGAGUGGCCCACGUUUCAACAGGCAUGUCGAUCGUCUUCGCAAGGUUGGUGGCACAGAGUUCGUGAGAUACGAAAAAGACACUGGAAUUUGGGUAUUCAGAGUGCCGCAUUUUACAAAAUACGGUUUUGACUACGAGGAUGACGACGCUAGCGAAGGAGAGAGCCUCCAAACAAGCAUGCUAAGCGAACUUCCAGGUACUCCAACGCCAGUGUCACGGGCAAUGAGGAAUGAUCGUACACCAACAGCGACCACUUCCACACAACGCUCUUUGACGUCCGCCAAUGAGUCCUCCGGUAUCAGCUCAAGUCCGGAAGAUACUUUCGAGUUCCGGAAAAAGAAGAUCUUGCCAGGUGCAUUUGAGGACCAGGAAGAAAUCUCUGACAACGAACACGAUGGGAUGGAACAAGUUCGCAACGACGAGUCUUUUUUAGAUGAGCGCUUGGCCGCCUCGCCUUCUGAUAGUGGCGAAGACGAGCCAAGCGAGUUACGACGUGUGAAAGGUGGUAUUGAAGAUCGAUCACUUGUGGUUCGUGACGAGGAACAGGAUAUGGAGAUAGAGAUGGCUGGAGCGUUUCCCUCACCCGAUCUUGAUGAAGCACCGCCCAAAUCAUUUCUCCAGCUAGGCUACGGUACGCCAGGGAAAGCAACGUUCAACGUUGGCGGUGACUGGGCCGAAGAACUACAACGCACUAUCAGCCCAAGGAAACAGGACCGACAAGCUCUUCGUGAGACGCAGGUGCACUUGUUGAAGGAUCGUGAUGUGGAUGAGGAAAAGACACCAAAUGCGAAAAGGAGCGGGAAAGUCACAGGAUCCAAAUUGGCAACAUCCAUUGAUUUGAUGAAUUCUCUAUUCGGGCAGGAGCAAGCGCGGAGGGAUGGGCGGAAUGCCAAGCAAGCCACGAAGGGAAAAGUUGUCAAGUGGCCUUAUUCGAAGAGGUCGAACAUCAAUGACGACGCUAUGAGCAACAUGACACCGGAACAACAACAAAUGGAAAGAGAGUGGCGUGACUCUUAUAAGCCAGCUUGGGGCCCUGGGGAGACAUUACUCUACGCGAUACCUGGCAAAGUCGGUAGCUCCAGCAACAAAUCUGCACAAACAGACCCAAUCUUGCAAAAGCUGAAGGGAUCCAUUGUGUCUGAAGGGAGGGACAUUCGAUUUGCGAAAUUUGCGAAGACUCCUAAUCUCGUUCCAACAAUUCUCGCACAGCAACAAGCUCGCACCAAGUUCUCCCUUGAACGCGGAGUACCGAUGGCAAAGCUUCAACAGACCCCGUUCAAAAACAUCGCGUCACUCGUCCAGCCACCUUCGCAGUAUGAGCAAUCUGUUUGGGAGCUCGCGUCCAUUCUGUUUGAUGAUCAGAACUCAGAAGCCUAUGGUGUGCCCGCAGCUUAUAAAGCCACCUACGACCAUCGCAUCCGCAAAGACCGCCUGAUCCAUUUCUGGAAGCGACAAUGCCAGGAAACGGCGAUGAAGGCCGUCAGUGCAGCACCAAAUGCCGAAGAGCGCGCCAUCGCUCACCUCUCAGCAAACAACGUCGUGGAAGCUUGUGACGCGCUCGUGCAAGGAAGGGACUUUAGGCUGGCGACUCUGGUUGCCCAAAUUGGCGGUGAUCAGAUCAUGCGCGAUGAUGUGACUGCUCAGAUUGCGAAGUGGAGGGAGCUGAACGUACUGUCCGAGAUCACCGAGCCCAUACGAGCCUUGUACUCGUUGCUUGCUGGUGACACCUGUGUCUGCGAGGGAAAGAAGGGCCCGACUGAGGAUAGAGCAAAGACUUUUGUUAUCAGUGAACGUUUCAACCUGGACUGGAAGCGUGCAUUUGGGUUGAGACUGUUUUACGCCAUCCUUGCUGAAGAUACUAUCGAAGCUGCCGUCGUAAAAUUCGAGCACGACCUCCAAUCCGACGAGGGCAAAAAGCCGGUCCCUCGCUUCGUUGAAGAAAAAACAGGCGCUCCGUGGGACGACCCCAAGACUGCCCAACGCGAGGACGUCCUGUGGGGUCUGCUCAAAAUCUACGCCGCCUCCAAAUCUGCGCUUCCUACCAGCUCUCUCGCAGGGAUUUUGGCUCCCGAAAACAUCACUGGCAACCCUGUUGACGCUCGCCUUUCCUUCCAGCUGUACCACGCCAUCAACGCGCGCUUCCCUGCGAUCGCUGACCCGUCGAAAGCCGACUAUCUCGCCCAGACUUUUGCUGCUCAGCUAGACUCAGCUGGGGAGUGGUACUGGGCUCUUUUCUCUCUCCUCCACCUCUCCUCCUACCGUCAACGCCACUUAGCAAUACAGUCCCUCCUCAUCCAACACGCUGAAGCCAUUCCUAGUGACAGCAAGAGUGAGCUCUUCGAAACCCUAACAGAAUUGUGCAAGAUACCGGUCGCAUGGAUAUGGGAGGCCAAAGCGUUGUAUGCCCGGAGUGUCCUGCAAGAUCAUGUCCAAGAGGUCGAUCUCCUGGUCAAGGCACAGGAUUGGAAAGAGGCUCACGAGGUAUUUCGAAAAGAAGUGGGCCCAUCGACUGUGGUGGAGCAAGACUGGGACACGUUGCAAGGUGUGCUCGACAGCUUCAUGGACUGCAAAGAGCAGAUUGCGGAAUGGGGAAUGGGUGGCCAGGUCUAUGAUGAUUAUCUGAGCUUGAUGAAAGGGGUCGAGGGGCAUGAAAAGGAAGAGCUGCUCCAAAGGCUUCUAGGCGCGCUGCCAAUGAUGAUGCGGGGUGGAAAGCGGGACUUGAAGGAGACGGUUGCCGUGCAGGAGAUCAGCGGAUUCGUGGGCAAAGAGGUUCUGGCUAUGAAAGAGAAGGGUAUGGAAGGUGCCAGAGUCCUGCAGCUACCACUCACCGAGGACGCGUACUUGAAGCACACGAUGGAUCUAAGCUUGCAAUACUACAAGGCUGUAAUGACGGGUGGAAAAUGA